AUGACAAUUCCUUUGUUCUCAUGCCAUUUCUUAAUACUCAUUUACUAUGUUUCACUCAGUGUCCUUAUACUGGUGGUCUCUGGCCAAUGUGACAGCAACCAGCAGCAAUCUUUGCUGCUCCAAUUGAAGAAAAGCCUCAAUUUCGACUCUGCAUUAUCCACAAAACUUGUGAAGUGGAAUACUGCUUCAGAUUACUGUUCUUGGGAAGGUGUUUCCUGCAAGCAGGGUUGUGUUAACCAUCUUGACUUGAGCAACGAAUCUAUUUUGGGUGGACUUGAUAAUUCAAGUGCUCUUUUCAGUCUGCAGGACAUCGAACACCUGAAUUUGGCCUAUAAUAACUUCAAUUAUACUCCGAUUCCAUCCGAGUUCAACAAGCUAGCCAGUUUGAGUUAUUUGAAUCUGUCAAAUGCUGGCUUUUCCGGGCAGAUUCCCAUUGAGAUUUCGCAGUUGACAAGGUUGGUGUUUCUUGAUUUAUCUACCUUCUACUUUCCCGGAACUCCUGCACUGCAACUUAAGCAUCCAGAUUUGAAUUUGCUUAUUGGAAACCUUAAGGAGAUAAUCGAACUUCAUCUUGAUGGUGUGAACAUAUCAGCACAGGGAGCUCAGUGGGGUCAAGCAAUAUCAUCUUCACUGCCAAACCUGAGGGUGUUGAGCUUGUCCAGUUGCAAUCUUUCAGGCCCAAUUGAUACUUCCAUACUGAAGCUUCAAUCACUCUCAGAAAUUCGUAUAGAGAGUAACAAUCUGUCUACUGCAGUUCCAGCGUUCUUGUCAAAUUUCACAAAUUUGACUUCUUUACGCCUCAUGAAUUCAGGGUUACAUGGUACAUUCCCAGAGAAGAUCUUUCAGGUACCUACACUGCAGAUUAUCGACUUAAUUGGCAAUAAAGAGCUACGAGGUUCGUUGCCAGACUUUUCGAAAAAUGGAGCUGUUCGGUCCUUGUUCCUAGCCGGGACAGCUUUUUCAGGGUUAUUGCCGGAAUCUAUUGGAAACCUCAAGAUGUUGUCCAAAGUAGAUCUUUCAAAUUGCAGCUUCACGGGACCAAUCCCAAAGUCGAUGGAAAGCCUUACGGAACUGGUUUAUGUGGACAUGUCAGCGAACAAGCUUAAUGGUUCUGUUCCAUUGUUGAGUAUGGCCAAGAAUCUGACCAACAUAAAUCUUUCUCACAAUGAGCUAGAAGGUCAGAUUAACUCUACUCACUGGCAAAAUCUUACAAAUCUGGUCAAUCUCAACUUGGGUAACAAUAAACUGGAUGGCAGUAUUCCACUGUCUCUAUUUUAUCUUCCCUCGCUGAAGCAACUACUGCUCUCCAACAAUCAGUUCUCUGGUCAGUUGCUUGAAUUUGCCAACAUCUCUUCUAACCCUCUUGAAACACUUGAUUUGAGUAGCAACAACUUGGAAGGGCCGGUACCCAGGUCUAUCUUCAAUUUCCAACGGCUGAAAAUCCUUUCACUUUCUUCAAACAACUUCAAUGGCUCCUUCCCUCUCAACAGUGUCCAACAGCUCAAAAAUCUUUCGAGUCUUGAUCUUUCAUAUAAUAGUUUGUUGAUUAGUUAUAAUAGUAUCAAUUCCUCGCAGUCUUCCUUUCCUCAGAUUACCACAUUGAAGUUGGCUUCAGGCAAGUUGAGAACAUUCCCUGAUUUCUUGAGAAGCCAAUCCAAAUUAAGCACUCUAGAUCUUUCACUAAACCAGAUUCAUGGAGAGAUACCCAACUGGAUUUGGAAGCUCAGUAGUCUUGCUCAGCUAAAUCUUUCUUGCAAUUCCCUGGUAACUCUAGAAGGUCCUUUAUCCAAUCUUGCUUCUAGUUUGUCUGUGCUUGACCUUCAUUCAAACCAGCUUCAGGGACAAGUCCCAAUUUUUCCACCAUUUGCCACUUACCUGGAUUACUCAAGAAAUAAUUUCACCUCUAGCAUACCGGCUGACAUUGGUGAUUUCCUUAAUUACACCAUGUUCUUGUCUCUUUCAAGCAACAAAAUUGAGGGGAGCAUUCCAGGAUCAAUAUGCAAUGCGUCAUAUCUUCAGGUUCUUGAUCUGUCCAAUAAUUCUUUCAGUGGCUAUAUUCCCCAGUGCUUGACUGCAAUAAGUGGAAAUCUUGUAGUACUUAAUUUAAGGAGAAACAAACUUGCUGGGACUUUUCCCGACAGAUUUCCUGGCCAUUGUAGUCUGAAAACUCUAGACUUCAAUGGAAAUCGUCUAGAAGGUCAGUUUCCAAAAUCUCUAGCCAAUUGCACAUUGUUAGAAGUUCUGAACCUUGGAAACAAUCAGAUUACAGAUACAUUUCCAUGCUUGUUGAAGAGCAUCUCCACCUUGCGGGUCCUUGUUUUGCGAUCAAACAGAUUUUAUAGACGCAUUGGAUGUCCCAACACCACUGGUACCUGGCCACUGCUUCAAAUUUUUGACAUAGCACACAACAACUUUAGUGGUGAAAUACCAAAAAAAAGCUUGACUACAUGGCAGGCAAUGAUGGGCAACGAAGAUGAUGCCCGGUCAAAGAUCAAUUUCCUGCAAUUUCGAGUCCUAAUAGUCAGUGACUUAAAUUAUCAGGAUGCUAUAACAGUUACCACCAAAGGACUAGAGAUGGAGUUGGUCAAGAUUCUAACUGUCUUCACCUCUAUUGACAUCUCGUUCAACAAUUUCAAUGGAUUAAUACCGGCACAAGUGGGACAACUAAAAGCGCUCCAUGGCCUCAACUUGUCCAACAAUGCUCUCACAGGCCCUAUUCCACCAUCAUUGAGUAACCUGACACAACUCGAGUCCUUGGACCUUUCAAACAACAGCCUGAGCGGGCCAAUUCCACCAGAGCUUACAGCGCUUACUUUCCUUUCAUUCUUGAAUCUCUCAAAUAACCAACUGUCUGGGAAGAUACCAAUCGGAAACCAGUUUUCAACAUUUUCUCCAUCUUCCUAUGAAGAUAAUGAAGGAUUAUGUGGGACACCUUUGGCUGUAAGCUGCAGCAAUACCAGCUACUCACCAGAUGCAACUUCAAUGGUUGAAAACAAAGGUGGUGUUUUUUUCUUUUUUUUCGAUACGGAAAACAGAGAGAGUGUUGAAAUUGGAUUUACAUGUGGGUUUGGAAUUGCCAUUGCAUCACUUUUCUUUUGCAAGAGAUGGAGGAUAUGGUAUUACAAAAGUAUGCAGAGCAUCCUCUUCAAGAUAUUUCCUCAGCUGGAAGAAAGAUUUGGGGAUCACACAAGGCAUGUUUACGUAAAUCCAAGCUGGAGGCGUUGA